AUGGCGACCGGUUUGUUCGCUUCCUUACCGAAACCCAAAUAUACUGGCGAACAUGAAGAAGUGCCGCUGCACGCCCAACCGAAGGGGCCUCGCGUUGUUGGUCCCGGUGUGAUUGAUGAGUCUCAAAUCGUUCUGAAGCGCUCCGGUCCUCCUCCAUACGGGCAGCGGUCAGGAUGGCGGCCUCGAUCAGCAGAAGACUUCGGCGAUGGGGGUGCUUUUCCGGAAAUCCCCGUCGCACAAUAUCCUCUAGACAUGGGCAGAAAAGGAACAGCCUCAACCUCGAAUGCGCUUGCGAUCCAAGUCGACGCAGAAGGGAAAGUCAAAUAUGAUGCCAUUGCCAGGCAGGGCCACAACGAGAACCGAAUCCUACAUUCCAGUUUCAAAGAUCUAAUACCUCUGCGACAGCGUGCGGAUGCCGGUGACCUCAGCCUCGACAGACCGAGUCAAGAAGAAGUAGAAGCAACUGCCGAAAAGACGAAACUCGCGCUUGAAAAGCUGGUCUCUGGCGCCGUCGCUGCUCAAAAGCCGAAGAAUGUGAAAGGCGUCAACCGAGAAGAGCCUACGUAUGUGCGAUACACACCAGCCAACCAGAUGGGCGACAAUUCAAAGAAGAAUGAUCGGAUAUUCAAGAUUGUUAAGCGGCAAGAAGACCCAAUGGAGCCACCCAAAUUCAAGCACAAGAAGAUCCCUCGAGGCCCGCCCAGCCCUCCACCUCCAGUUAUGCAUUCGCCACCACGAAAGUUGACGGCAGAAGACCAGGAAGCCUGGAAAAUUCCGCCCCCGAUCAGUAAUUGGAAGAACCCCAAGGGUUACACUGUUCCGCUAGAUAAGCGGCUGGCAGCGGAUGGACGAGGCUUGCAAGAUGUCACGAUCAACGACAAGUUCGCACAAUUUGCUGAAGCAUUGUUUACAGCAGACCGUCAUGCUCGAGAAGAAGUCAAACUCCGUGGACAGAUGCAGCAAAAACUGGCUGAGAAGGAGAAACUGGCCAAGGAAGAGCACCUACGAGAGAUGGCGCGCAAAGCAAGAGAAGAGAGACAGUCGGCUGCUGGUGGUCGCAGGGAUUCAGACUCGAGACGUCGGUCACGGUCGCGAUCCUACUCGGGUUCUUCUUCCGGUUCACGGUCUGAUAGUGGGGAAGAAGCUGCCCGAGAACGGGAGCGGGCUAGACGAGAACGGAGACAAGAGAACGAACGGCAACUCCGCCAGAGCAGGAUGGGCACAGAGAAACGGAUUCAAAUGAUGGCUAGAGAACAGAAUCGUGAUAUCUCAGAAAAAGUCGCGCUUGGUUUGGCUAGGCCCACGCAGAAUAAGGAGACUAUGUAUGACUCGAGACUGUUCAACCAGACGUCUGGAUUCGACACGGGCUUUAACGAGGACCAGGCGUACGACAAGCCACUUUUUGCUGCGCACGAUGCGAUUAACAGCAUUUACCGACCGACAGCGAAUCAAGAGGAUGAAGACGAGGGCGAUGCAGAUGCUGCGAUGGGCAAGAUUCAAAAGUCGAAUCGGUUUGAAGUGCUCGGUAGGGCGAAGGAGGGAUUCAAAGGUGCUGAUGUUGCGGAACGAGAGGCUGGUCCCGUUCAGUUUGAAAAGGAUAAGGAUGAUCCGUUCGGCAUUGACACUCUGAUUGGAGAGGCUUCGGGCAGACAUGCUGGUGAGAGCAAGAAGAGAUAUGGCUUGGAAGAAGCUGGCCCAAGUGAUAGGGACAGAAAGAGGGCGAGGGUGGAUGAUGAUGGUUAA